AUGUUCACUUCUGGACACUACUUCCGAGUCACCACGUCAGCAUCACAUCUUCCCCUUCCCCUCUCCUCGUCUCGCCAAUCCACCCCAUCUGACACCGACUUCGCCAGCGCUGGCGAAUCCCACGGCAAAUUCGUCUCCUGCAUCAUCGACCACUGCCCGCCGGGCCUUGCGCUUGUCGAAGAUGAUAUCCAGCCGCAGCUAAAACGCCGCCACGCCGACUGGACCUACCUCGAGAAGUACGGCGUCAAGGCCAGCUCCGGCGGCGGCCGAAGCAGUGCGCGCGAGACCAUCUCCGGCGUGGCCGCCGGUGCCGUAGCAGAGAAGUGGCUGACGGAGAUGUACGGCGUCGAAAUUGUCGCCUUUGCCACGUCGGUUGGCAACAUCAAGCUCUUCGGCGACACGGGCGCCAUGACCGCCGACAUUCGGCGUUGA